CGAAUGCGGGCCAAUGAGAACAAUCGGCCAGCGUAAACUAAACUCUCCUCUGAUUCAUUCUGAUUGAGUGGACGAGUGUUCAAACAGAAUUACGAAUAGAAAACGCCGCCGCCGCCGCCGCCGCGUGUGUUAAGUGCAACUGUAAAACUGUGUAUAAUGGAACAUUAAUUGUAAAUUCGAGUAAAGUAAAAAUGCUAGAAUAAUUAUUGUAAUCAGCAAACCACACAGAAAGAGUAAAAAAAAGAAAAGAAACACUAUCAUUUUCAUCAUCAACAUCAUCAAGCUGACGGCUAAGAGAAGCCCAACUACAACAACAACAUGACCCGCUUUCGCAUAAAAAACUUAAAAAUUCUAUCCUGCUGCCUCAGCGUUUGGGUCACACUCUUUGGCAGUGCCCUACAUCUGGCCAGUUGCAGUGAAUUUCCCGAACGUGAAUGCUGCGAUCUAACGACCACCUCAACAGUGGGUCCCCUGCCCAUGCCACCGGCUGCCCUGCCCACAGACAAAUCCAUAUCAUCGGUCACCACGGCCUUGGAGACAGAUCUGACCAUUGGAAGAUCGGGUUCCACCAUCAAAGGUGUUGUGGCCAUUCUCAAUUGCAUUCUGGCCCGUCAGCUGUGCUUCGAGGAUCCAUCAUGUUCGGCCAUUUUGGAAAUUAUUCCCCGUGUCUGCGGACCCAUACCAGUGUCCUGCAGCACAGUGACGGUAACAAAGUGUCAGGCAGCCUUGCGGACACUUCAGGCCUUUCAAUUCUUUCGACCAACUUGCCUGUGCAAAGAGCCUGGCAUGGAUCCCGAUUGCAAUCAUUUUCGCGACUUUCUCUUCGAUCAUCCCUGCGGAUUUGUCCUCAAAAAGGCCGAAAAGGAUCCGUAUCCAAUAGAUGCGUUACCCACCUGUAAUCAUGCGCUUUCCGUGUGUCAGCAGGAACGCAAAUGUCUAAAACUUUUCGAGGAUUUCAAAACCCAUUGUAAAGUGCGCGACAAUAAAUGCAAAAUGGAAAACAGAGAUGCCUGCCAUGAUUCUUGGACUAAUUUACGGCUCUCGCCCAUGUUUGGUUGUAUCUGUCCAAAUAAUCAUAUGAAAAAACGCUGUGAUCGUAUAUUUAAUAUUGUUAAUCACAAUCCGUGUGUGGAUAGACUAAUAUUUUUCCCCAAUGGUUUGCCCAAAUUGAAACAAAAGCAGAAAGCAAAGCCAAAGUUGAAACCGAAGCAGAAACAGAAACAGAAGAAUACCACGGCCAUUAUGCUGUCCAACAACAUUGAGUAUCACGAUGAGCCCAACAAUGUGGCUGGUCCUGAAAAUGUUGAGGAGAAUGAGGCCGAAAAGGAUGACGAAGAUGCAGAUGAUGAUGAUGACGAUGAUGAUGAUGAUGAUGAUGACUAUGAUGACCGCAUACGAGCGGAAAUUUAUUCAAAUUACCCGCAUUACCUGCAUCCACCCUCGUGGGGUAUUAAUAAUCCAUUGGUACUGGCCUCGCAUAGUCCGCAUACCUCGGAGGAUGAUGAUGUCGUUGUUGAGGUGGCCAGCCCGCAUCACAAGAAGCAAACGCAUGCAGAUGACUUGGAACGCGGGCGUGUUGUCGAUGAUGUGGUCGUGGUCGUUGAUGCAGGACCGCAUCAGCAUAACCACCAGCAUACACAUACCUAUUAUGCGCAUGGCGAGCACGAGCACGAGCAUUUGAUGGCAUCGACCGUGGCACCCAUACCCACAAUUCCCAGCGCUCCUAACACUGGCACUAAAACUCACAAAAGCACAUUACUCGGUGAUUUGAUCACCGGCAGCGAUAUUACCCACCGCACCUAUACAGGACCCACCAUGGACAUGGACGAAAGAGUAAGAAUUUUGGGCAUGGACGAGAAGUUGCAUCAGAGAAUCUUCGAUGAUAAUUUGGCGUUAAUUGAUACGCCAUUGAUUGCAUUGGGCGGUCCUGGCUAUGGUUAUGGCUCCGUCUCUGGAUCGGGGUCCGGCUCAAGUUCAGCAGGCAGCACCUAUAAUUAUCCCAGUUCGGCAUCGAAUGGCGUACUCAGCUAUCCGUUCAAUAUAAGCGGCUUCCAUCAGCGACAUAUGGCAGCAGCUGCAGCUGCAGCGGCGGCCGGAAAUGAGCCAUUCGAUAUCAUUGAUACGGCCUAUGGCUAUGGCGGCAAUAACCAUGCCAACGGAAACGGAAAUGCCGGUGUUUACUAUCAAAGCGGUCAGGACGUCGAAGUUGACCUCUCAACGGAAAUAAUCAAGCAACACUUUCAGAGUACCUGUCAUACAGCAUUGGACACUUGCCGAGAAGAUCCGUCCUGCUCAACGUCCCUGCAGCCAAUGUUGAUGCAUUGCGAGCUGCAUCGUUGCAAUCGCAACGCCUGCAUGUCAUCGCUGCAAGCCUUUUACAAAGGGCCACACGAGGACCUCAACCUGGACAUUGCCUUUUGUCUAUGCAAAAAAACCAACAAUAUGCAGCAAAACGGCAAUCGUCACGAUAUGUGCAUGAUUGCCCAGGAAAAACUGCAUCCCGUAUGUGCACAGAGGCCGCCCGAUAACAAUAAUCCGGCCAGCUCCAAUGGCAUUUACUACCAUCCGCCACCGGCGUGCCAUGUCGUUGCCGACAGUUGUAAAGAGGAUCGCGAUUGCAGACUCAAGCUGGAGUAUUACGAGCAGGCCUGCGCCGUGGAUAGUGUGACCAAAAAGUGUGCCGGACGUCCCAGCGGCUGUCGCACAGCCAUGAUUGGCAUACUGGGAACAAUGCUGCGGACUACAUGUGCCUGCCAAGGCACCGAUCCCCAGCAUCUCUACCAAUGUGUUGGCUGGCGUCGUUUACUAUGGAUGAAUCCAUGUGUUGUUGAAGCACAAAAGGACUUUCAUAUGAAGCGAUUAGCCGAGUUGGGUUUUCUUACCACGACUACAACAACGACGACAACCACGACAACAACAACAACAACUACCACAACACGAGCCCCGCCGCCUCCACCACCACCGCCACCGCCAACAACAACAACAACGACAACAAGCCUACAGCCAAAGCAAAGCCAAAGGAAGCCAGCAACGCAUAUAUUCAAGGAUUUCAAUGCGCCAAAGGAAAAAUCAGGGCCAGCAUCGGUCGAACACAAUUAUCUCGAUCCACCCGACUCGAUACCAUUGCACAGCGGAAACGAUGAGAGCGGAAAUGGCGGAAAUGACGAUUAUCACAACGGCAACGGGAAUGGCAACAGCAAUGGACACGAAACAAACGGACAUGGCCAUGGAAAUGGCAACGGCAACGGCAACCGACGUAAAAACGGCGGAAAGGGUCGUUCGAAUGGCAAUGGAAACGGCAACGGCGGCAGUGUAGAUUUCGAUGAUCCAGUAAUUUUUGUUGACCCAAGGGAAACAACUGAAUUUGUGGGCAUCAGCAUCACAGAACCGGUAACCACAACAACCACAACAAUGGCAACCACGACAACAACACAAGCCCCAAGAAAUUGUGUAGUACAAAGGCCAUAUCAAUCGGAUCAAUUAAUACGUGAAGGCACAAGUAAACGGAUCUACUCUUUGGACGAUGCCGAGUGCAGCGAACUAUGCACCUGCGGCGACUCGCUGACACUCACCUGCCAUGCCCUUUGCGUACCAUUCGCCCCCUGCCGCACCGCCCUCGCAUUCUACAGUCACGCCUCGCCGGCUUAUCAGGCGUUCCGCGGUCGCUGCCUCUGCUAUUCGGGGCGCUUCAUCUGCAUGAAGCCGCCACUUGGGGACUACCUUCUACCAGGUGGCGUCUUUCUGCUGCUGGGUUACAGUGCCGCAGAUGAGGCUCUGCUCCGUCCGCACACGAAUCUGGGUGUACAAGAUGCUGUGCGUGCCCUGCAGCAAUAUGUAACCACGUACAUUGAUAAUCAGACCCAAUGCACACUGACGCUAUUCAAUAUGACUGAGGAGAAUAUCAUCAUUGCUGCACGUCUGCCGCAUGAUGGCAAGCUAAAGGACAUUGAGCUGCUGCGCAAAGAGAAGGAUGAAUGCACCUCAAUACUGAAGACCAUCAGUUAUCAAAUCAAUAACGAGCACAAUGAGCUACAAUCCCACCGACUGUUGAGCAUUUUCAAAAUGUCCGAAGUCGAAGUUAUUUGGCCCGAGAGCAAGAGUGCAGCAGCGGCGUCCAGUCCAGGCAGCAGUUGUCAGUGCCUGUUUAUCCUUGCUGUGUUGGUCGUGUCCAUGUCGUCGUCGUCGUGGUCGUAUGUGGAUGCAAUAACAUGACAGACGCAUGAUUAAAGGAUUGUACGUAUGUGUAGUUAAUUUCUAAGAUGGUUUAAGGAUGUGGGAUAGAUGAAACUGUAAGCGACACUCCCCAAAAAAAAAACAGAAAAUGAAAAAGAAAUACGAUUGUAGUGGAUAGUGAGUGGGUUAAUGGCUACUCUCUCUCUCUCCAUCUCUAUCUCUUAGCAAAAUAUGUUGUAUACAUUUAGGGGCUAGUUUGUGUUAAAGCUUUGUUGUUAACUUAAAUGAUGUUGCUGUCUUAGGUUUUUGAUACGUAUGUUAAACAUAUAUAGAAGAUAACCUUAAUCUGUACUUUAAUGUGAAACUGCUGUCUACAUAAUAAUACUAUUAGCAAUAACAAUACUGAAUUGAAUGAGUGUGUAAAAAGAUAAUGAUAGAGAAACAAAGCAACAUGACAAAGAUAACAAAACGAUACAUACAUACAUCAAUACAUACGUAGAAGUAAGAUAAUGCAUGUAUAUACAUACAUACAUAUACAUUUAGAGAGUUGGCACAAAGAAAAGGGAAACUGACCUACACGUAGCUAGUGUUUUAUACGAUAAACAAUACAUAAUUGUAUCUAUAUACAUAUAGAUUUCCAUAUCCAUGGACACACAUAUACCCACACACAUACACACACACAUGUAAACGGUUGAAAGACGCUCAUUGUUCUCAAUUUCGAGCUCUAUAAAGUUUACUGUUGCCUCAAUUAUGCCGAAUUAACCGCCUUAACAUUGUUUGCGUUUACUUUGUGUAUGUUGCGUUGAGAAAUGUGAACAGUGAAUGCUUUAUGGCCAUAUUGUUUCUCAUAAUUUUGCAGUUAUAAUUACAAUUUAAUGUGCGAAAGUGCGAGGUAUUUAUACUUUAUUUUCCACACAAACAAUGCCAGAAAGGUUCAUGCACGAGCGACCCACGUUUGUUCCAUUGUACAUACAAACAUACACACACAUAUACAUAGGUACACAUACAUACAUCCAUCCACUCACUCAUUCAUUCAUUCGUUCGUUAUAGGCGUAUAAAAUGUUAUUGUUAAUUUAUUUUAUAGUUUUAACGCUCCUCACCCUCCGCAUUCCCAGAUGCAUUCAGUCAUUCGAUUCGAGGCGUGAAAAAACAAUUACGGUUUCAUUAUUAAUUAUGCAUUUUGCAUUUAAAAUGUGGCGGUUUAUUCUCCUCAUUGCGAAUUGCCUGAAGAAUUUCUUCAAAUGGAAUGCAAGAAACUUUCUCUCACACUUUUUUUCGUUACUUCAAUUUCGGUUGUUUUGUUUUUUCUACCCUUUCUUAGCCAGGUUUCACACUUGUCUAACUUACUUUUGCUCCUAUGUAUGUACAUAUAUAUUUUACUAUCUACAAGUUUAAUUGAUGUAAUUAAUAAAAAUAAUCUAACAGUA